AAAGGGCAUGUAAUUGCAGCAAAAGGCUGCUAGCAUAGACAAUGCAACUCAUGACUACAAUAAAAGAAAGCAUUCAACAAUAUUGUCAAUCUUCUAAUCUUGGUCUUUAAAAAAAUUGCCACUUUGCCUCAAAGGUUGAGCAGGAUUUCUAUCUGACGUAAUAGUGAAUUAAACACUUGGCAACAACACUUACUGCAAGUAUCUAAAGGAUUUUUCACACUUGUGUUUAAGAGUAGCGCGCCUAACUUUGACAGCAUGACUUGUUUUAUCCACCAGAAACAUUCCUGUAGAUGCAAAAGGGACAACUAUCAUUCAACUCUGACAGCUAGGUACACUGCAAAGCUUGAGUGACAUGUUGAUUCAAUCACACCAUGAGCCAUUGUGCCCUUCAACUGACCCAGUCCUUUAUCAACAGUAACUUGUGGUGCUAGUUUGGUUUGUAUGGAGACCUGUAUCUACAACACCAGAGGUUGCAGAGAUUCAAACGCACUGUAUGAAAUUUUUGUAAACGUCUGCAGAGCCCACGUGAUUAAUCUGGAUCCCUGCUCCAAAAUCACCGUGAGAGAGGGAAAAAAAGCAACUGAUUUUGGUUGAUCUCCUGGCACUGGUUUAAAAAAGAAAGGAUUGUUAACCUUUACAGCCAACAUAAAAGUAACAAGCCACACAGUGUUUUACAGUUAAAUACUAGGGUCAGAUGUGGUGAAAUGUGCAGCUCUUCGCAGUACUCUGGAUGUAACCCAGAUGGAAAAUAUUAUGUAGGACAGACCGAGCACUGGCAGCGGCAGCCAUUGCUCACUAUAGCGGAGUCUCGUAUGCGGUGGCUGACCUUGGCAAAAGUUUUCCAAAUCGGGAUGGGACUUGUAGGUGUGAAGAAAUGGAUGGCAGGUGGAGUUUGUUGCAGCAAAGCCCGGCUGGACGGAAAGACUGUUUUGAUCACCGGAGGCAACACUGGAAUCGGCAAAGAAACAGCUGUCGACUUGGCGAGAAGGGGUGCGAGGGUCAUUCUUGCCUGUAGGGACAUGGACAGAGCUAAUAAAGCUGCAGAGGAUGUGAGGAAGAGGAGUGGGAAUGACAGUGUGAUUGUCAAAAAGCUGGACUUGGCAUCUCUGCAGUCGGUACGACAACUAGCCAAAGACAUCCUUGCAAGUGAAGAGCGACUGGAUGUUCUCAUCAAUAACGCAGGUAUUUUGAGCUGUCCAAAAUGGCAGACUGAAGAUGGCUUCGAAAUGCAGUUUGGUGUGAACCACCUGGGUCACUUCCUGUUGACAAACUGUCUGCUGGAUCUGCUGAAGAAGUCAGCUCCGAGCCGCGUCGUCAACGUCUCCAGUUUAGCUCACGAGAGAGGUCAAAUAGAUUUCAAUGACAUAAAUCAAGAGAAAGAUUACCACCCUUGGAAAAGCUAUUCACAAAGUAAACUAGCCAACGUCCUCUUUACGAGGGAGCUGUCCAACAGACUACAAGGUUCUGGAGUGACGACGUACAGCCUCCACCCUGGCGUGAUUCGGACUGAGCUCGGCCGGCACUUCUGGCCCACCAUGCCCCUGUGGAAGAGGGCUGUGUACACACCACUUAUGUUUUUCAUCAAGUCUCCAACAGAAGGGGCUCAGACCACCAUCUACUGCGCUGUGGAGGAAAGUCUGCAGAAUGAAAGCGGACUGUACUACAGCGACUGCGCCCCUAAAACAGCAGCCCCUCAGGGUCUGGACGACGAAGCUGCCAAGAAGCUGUGGGAUCUGAGCGCCUCUAUGGUCGGUCUGACAUAAUCACAGUGACAUUGACGACACCGACGAUGAUGAUGAGGUUCGUCACCAUCACAGUACCAGCGGACUGCCAAGUGGCCCGAGGAAAUGCUGGUGCUCUUUCUAAUGAGCGUCUGUGUGGCUACUAGCAGCUGAGCUCCUGCUUAAUGUGACAAAUGAAUAAACAAACAAACAGAAAUUCACAAGUGAUAGACAUUUAUUCAGAAUAUACAACAAACUACCUGCAAAAAUACUAUCCAUUAAAUUAUGUGUUUUUUUCUCUUAAACAGAAGCAAUGCUUCACAGGUAAGUUACAUGGAAGCGGUAUGAUCUUUAGUUUUGAUUGCCAUUAGCGUGAAAUGACAUUUUAAUCCACAAGUUUCACCAAUGUCUCAGUUGACUAAGGGCUCGAAUGUCAUUCAGUGUUUCUUGAAUUCAUUAUAUAAUAAUUUAAUGUGCUUUGAAAGUUUUUUUUUUAACACUGUUUAUAAAAACUUCUUGAGUUUUUUUUUUUCCUCCUGGGCAAUAAAGUGCUGUUAUACAUAGCCCAUUGGUUUACCUGUUCCUUAAGGCAUAUUGUUCAUUCUUUCACAUCACAUGUAUUCUGAGUCCUCAUUUUGUACCAUGUGAGACCAACAAUAUUGAAAUAAAACACAUUUUGGUUACAUCAUCAUGAAUUAAAAAUGAUCUUAAUACAUUAAA